AUGGGGGUGAGGGUCGCACGAGCGAGCGGCGGUGGCGUCACACGAAGCGAGGGCCGGCCCCGCCGAGGGGCGGAGGGGCUGCCACGGGGCCGGGGCGGCGGGCGAGGUGCGGCAGCGGGCGGCGCAGCGUUUUGUCCACGGCCUUCGCCCGCCUCCCCGAACAAAGCGGCGCGGGCGGACGCAGUGACUUCACCGCCGGGCCCGCCCCCGCCCGGGGAACCUGCCCCGCUGCCGUCUCCUGGCAACCGAAGGGAACCGGGGGGAUCCGCGGGCCCGGCGCGCACCCGCCGCAGUGGGGCCGGGCCGCUCCGCGCAGCGCCGCCGGUCACCCUCCGGGGCCCCCCAACCCGUGCCAAACCCCGGCCCCGCGGCGCGGAGGAGCAGCCCCGGCAGCAGCUCGGGACAGGGUCGGCAGCGCCCACCUGGCCCCGGCGGGGGCGGGCGGGGAGCGGCUGCCCGGCGGGGGCGGGGACAGCCGCCGGCCGCCUGUUUCCCCGAGGGAAGUGCGGAGCCGCCGCCGCUACCCCUGCGGUGCCAAGAGCCUCCCCGCGCCCCCCGGGCAGGGCGGGCGGUGGGGCGCCCCUGGCGCGCCGGGCUGGAGGCGGAUGGAGGGAGCCGCGCUCCGCGCUCGGCCGGGGCCCCAAGGCCGCCGCUGCAGGGGGGGGGCCGGCCCUGGCGGGGCGCGGGGGCGCGGCGGGUGCUGCCCCCGAGAUGCAGCGGCCCGCGCCCGCCCUGCCG